CGAGACAUCGUCCAUUUUUUUUAAUCAUCGGUAAUGGCAGUGAACAUGUGAUACGGUUUGCUGUUUUAUUUAUUGUUUACGUGAUUGAAUAAUUUAAUAUAAAGAUGGAUUGCAAAGAUACAAACGAAAGCAAUGAAGACACUCGUACAACCGAUUGUGACACGGAGAAUGAAUCGACUCUGACACGAAAGAUUAUUGAAACGACCAACGUGGUGAAGUCUGGCAAAAAGGUUAAAAGAGGAAUAAUAUAUUUGUCCACAAUCCCAAAAUAUAUGAAUAUUACAAUGGUCCGGGAAAUAUUUUCCGCUUAUGGGAAAGUGGGUAGAGUGUACUUGCAACUAGCCGAAAAUGAGACGCAACCUGAAAAACAGAAAAAGAAGCGAAAGAAAGCAAUUAAGAAUUUCACUGAAGGUUGGGUAGAAUUUGAAAGUAAAAAGGUAGCCAAGUUUGUAGCAGCAACAUUAAACAAUACACAAAUAUCUACAAGAAAAAAGAGCAAAUUCUAUGAUAUUAUGUGGAAUAUAAAAUAUUUGCCCAGAUUCAAAUGGAUUCAUUUGAGCGAACGUUUGGCAUAUGAGCGGGCCGUUCAUAAACAAAGACUUUUGACUGAAAUAGCACAAGCUAAGAGAGAAGUAAACUUCUUUUCGUAUAAUGUAGACAGAAGUAAAAAAUUGCGCAAGAAACAUGACCAAGGACAGGAGACAGCCUUUGAAUUGCCUGAAGUUAAGCAGAGAGAGACUGACAGUGAGAUAAGAAACAAGAAAGGAGAAGCACAAGGGAAAAAUAGAACAGAAUUCCUUAAAUCAAUAUUUGGAUAAAAUUUAUAAAAUACUUAUAUGUAAGUAUAACAAUAUUCUUAUAGUUUUUAAAUGU